CUUUUUCACUUGAUGACGAAACGCUUCUAUAUUCUCAUAAUACAAACCUUUGGAUUCUUUAGCAGAUUUGUUUACAUUAAAAAGGAAACAUUCUAUUAAAAAAAAGGUCGCUUUGGGUAAAAUCUCCAGUCCUUGCGUCUCUUCGUCUUCUUCGGACAAUGGCACAUUCCUUGACCUCACUCGCCAUUUUCCAGGGCGUCAACCAUAAAGAGAUGAUUAGGAGUUUGCAUGUCUAUGGAUCCGUGGAGAUUGAGAGAGAGUUCUUGUUCGAGAGGAAAGGCCGUUAUGUGGAGAAGAAAGCUAAGCCUCUGUUUUGUUCGGAAGGUCUCCAGCGGCCGGAGAUCUCGCUAGGUUUGGUUUUUGGCACGUGGAGAUGUAUCUUCUUGUUCCGGUCUAACCACUCGCUUCCUCAGUUUCCUACCCUUCUAUGCCCUUCAAGAAACCCUAAGCUGGUGGACAUCCCUAAUUUAGCUAACGUGCUCAAGUUCAUCUCUGAACUGAAACCAAAGAAACCAUACUUUGACCAGCCUAAACAGCUGGACCUCGUCGUCAAAGAAGAUAGAGUUGGAUAUGGUGAAGUUGAUCAGGCUAAACCGCAAAGGUUUGCCCUCAAACAAGAUCUUAACCGCCUUCCUGAUUCAGAAUCUGAAUCUGAGGAAUCUGAAGAUGACCAAAAUGAACAUUCAGAAUCAGAUGCUAAGACAGAGAUAUUGAAGAAGAGGAGGACACCAUCCCAACAUGUUGCUGGACUUUGCUUAGAAGAUCUUUCCAAAUACUUUGGUGUUCCUAUCGUGGAAGCGUCUCGGAAACUCAAUGUCGGUCUCACGGUCUUGAAAAAGAAAUGCAGAGAGUUUGGGAUUCCUCGGUGGCCUCAUAGGAAGAUCAAAUCUCUCGACAGUCUCAUCCAUGAUCUUCAGGAAGAAGCAGAGAAGCAGCAGGAAAAGAACAAAGCAGCAGCAAUGGUGGUAGCUAAGAAACAGAAGAAACUGGAGAGAGAGAUGAGAAAUAUAGUUGAGAGACCAUUCAUGGAGAUACAGAUAGAAACCAAAAGAUUCAGACAAGACAACUUCAAAAAAAGACAUAGAGCUUCCAGAGCCAAGAAGAAUCAAGAAUCUCUUGCCACUUCCUCUUCAACUUAAAAGAUCUUAGGUCUUUUAUUAACAAAAUUAUCGAGCAUAUUAGUUAGUUAUAAGAUCCAUGUUAGUCACAAGUCUGACAGAACCUCCUAGGCCAUGUUGGUUUGAAUUUUUGUUGCUGGUAUCAUGACUUCAUUGUGCUUCGGAACUCGGAAUUAAUUGAUGCAAAAUGAUUAGUCCAUUGUCAA